GCCCGCCAGGCUGAGGCGCUGCUGCCCGAGCGCGGAUCCGAGCCGCGGCUCCGGGCGGAAGGGCCAUGCUGGACUUCGCGAUCUUCGCGGUGACCUUCUUGCUGGCGCUGGUGGGAGCCGUGCUCUACCUCUACCCGGCUUCCAGACAAGCUGCAGGAAUUCCAGGGAUUACUCCAACUGAAGAAAAAGAUGGUAAUCUUCCAGAUAUUGUGAACAGUGGAAGUUUGCACGAGUUCCUGGUUAACUUGCAUGAGAGAUAUGGGCCUGUGGUCUCUUUCUGGUUUGGCAGGCGCCUUGUGGUUAGUUUGGGCACUGUUGAUGUACUGAAGCAGCAUAUCAACCCUAAUAAGACAUCGGACCCUUUUGAAACCAUGCUAAAGUCGUUAUUAAGAUAUCAAUCUGGUGGUGGGAAUGUGAGUGAAAACCACAUGAGGAAAAAAUUGUAUGAAAAUGGUGUGACUAAUUCUCUGCAGAGUAAUUUUGCUCUCCUGCUAAAGCUUUCAGAAGAAUUAUUAGAUAAAUGGCUCUCUUACCCAGAGUCCCAGCAUGUACCCCUCUGCCAGCAUAUGCUUGGUUUUGCUAUGAAGUCUGUUACACAGAUGGUAAUGGGUAGUACGUUUGAAGACGACCAGGAAGUCAUUCGCUUCCAGAAGAAUCAUGGCACAGUUUGGUCUGAGAUUGGAAAAGGCUUUCUAGAUGGAUCACUUGAUAAAAGUACAACUCGGAAAAAACAAUAUGAAGAUGCCCUUAUGCAACUAGAAUCUAUUUUAAAGAAAAUCAUAAAAGAACGAAAAGGAAUGAACUUCAAUCAACAUAUUUUCAUUGACUCCUUAGUACAGGGGAACCUUAAUGACCAACAGAUCCUAGAAGACAGUAUGAUAUUUUCUCUGGCCAGUUGCAUAAUAACUGCAAAAUUGUGCACCUGGGCAAUCUGUUUUUUAACCACCUCUGAAGAAGUUCAGAAAAAACUAUAUGAAGAGAUAGACCAAGUUUUUGGGAAGGGUCCUAUUACUCCAGAAAAAAUUGAGCAGCUCAGAUAUUGUCGGCAAGUGCUUUGUGAAACUGUUCGGGCUGCCAAACUGACCCCAGUUUCUGCUCGGCUUCAAGAUAUUGAAGGAAAGAUUGACAAAUUUAUUAUUCCUAGAGAGACCCUUGUCCUUUAUGCCCUUGGUGUGGUACUUCAGGAUCCCAGUACUUGGCCAUCAGCACACAAGUUUGAUCCAGACCGGUUUGAUGAUGAAUUGGUAGUGAAGACCUUCUCCUUGCUUGGAUUCUCAGGCCCACAGGAAUGCCCAGAGUUGAGGUUUGCAUAUAUGGUGACCACAGUACUUCUGAGUGUAUUGAUGAGGAGACUGCACCUACUCUCUGUGGAGGGACAGGUUAUUGAAACUAAGUAUGAACUGGUAACGUCAUCCAAGGAAGAAGCUUGGAUCACUGUCUCAAAGAGAUAUUAAAAUUCUAUACACUUAGCUUUGUUGCGGAAAAUGACCAUGUAGAAAAUCUGUAUUUACUCCUUUUAUAAACCAAGUAUUGUUGUGUAAUAUAAACACCUGUUAGUACUUCAUUAUGUAAAUUUGGAUUUUUGUAUAUCAGAUUUUCUUAAUGCAUGAUAUACAUUUAUACUUAUUGCAUCAAUAUAGUGAUUGUUUUAAUGGGAAGCUUUCUACUUUUACUUUUUGUUUUAUCACUUUCUGUGCAAUUAUAUUCAUAUUCUUUUGCUUAGUUUGAUCUCUAAAAUUAAUAUUCUGGAAGAGAGAAGUUAUUUUGCACACUUUGGUGAAUCAUAUUUUGUGAAUAUCAUAAAAGAGAAAUAUAGUCCUAACUCCUUUAUGUACUUCCAAUAAAUCACCUUAAAGGAAAACAAAAGGACUUCCCAUAAUUUUAUCCCUUGGAUUAGUAUUUUUAUUUUCUGACUAUAAAUUAGUUUGUAUUUAAUCAUUGUUAGUAGGUUUGAGUACUUCAUUGGGUAACCUACAUUGUGUUUGCUAUUUUUAUGCCUUUCCAGACAGUAGUGUUCAUUUCAUGACUUACACAAGGCUCAUGAUUUUGAACAGUUCUGAAUCAUUUGGAAAAUAAUAUAGUUGCUUUUUAAUGCGUUUCGAAGUGUCCCUCCUAAGUGACAAGCUAAGAUUGAGGCUUGUCUGUCCUGUUUUGCUGGAAAUCUUAGCAGCACUAUACUACUCCACUAACUAUCAUUUGUGGAGAAUACAGAAUUCCUAAAUUUAUUAUUUAUUAUUAUGUCAUAUACUAAACAUAAUGAACUUAUGAUUAAAAAAUGAGAGAGCACUAAGCAAAAACCAAAACCAAAUUAAAAAAA